UUGUACUCUCCCUAUCUCUCUCUACACAGGCACUCUCUCUCUCCUAAUAUAAAACUCGCUCUAUACUUCCAAGACAGAGAGCCCUGUUCAUUCUCCCCUUCUUCUCUCUUCGUCUCUCUUUCUUACACUUUCUAGUCUCUCCUUUAAAACCCAUUAGCGUAGCUUCUAACCAAACAAACCGAACAAAACGAAACAAGACAGCAUGCCGUCGGAAUCCGGCGACCGGAGACAAGCAAAGCCACAACACAGUGCCACGUAUCCGCCGGAGCCGGAGCACCUCCCAUGUCCAAGAUGCGACUCACCCAACACCAAGUUCUGCUACUACAACAACUACAACCUCUCUCAGCCCCGGCACUUCUGCAAGUCCUGCCGCCGCUACUGGACCCGUGGCGGCACCCUCCGCAACGUCCCAGUCGGCGGCGCCACACGCAAGAAUCCCAACAAGCGCUUCCGCUCCUCCGCCACUACAGCGUCUUCCUCUUCUACUUCGACCCACGACCCGACAUCCGUCAACCCGAUUACAAUCGUACCCGGCGUCAAAACCGAGACGGCUUCUCCGCCGUUGUGUGUUGAUGUGAAUCUGAACGAGAGUGUACCCGAGUCCGAAAGCUUCACGUCGUUGCUGAACCCGGGUGGAGGUGGGUUUUUUGGGUUGGGUGGGUUUGGUGUUGAAACUGGGUCUGGGUUUCGUGAAAUGGGUUUUGGACUCGGGGCUGGGGUUUGGCAUGUGGAGGAUGGAGGUGGUGUUUCAGGGGGAGUGAUUCCUGGUUGCAACACGUGGCAGGUGAGCGGUCUGGAAGGAGGGGGGUUAGCAGAUGGGGAUUGCUUUGGUUGGCCAGAUCUUGCUAUUUCCACUCCAGGCAAAGGUCUCAAGUAAUAAUUUCGCUUUAUAUGUAAUCUGCUUUUUUGUUUGCUUUUAGUUUUUGGGAGGAAAGGCAAAGACAACAAGAAGGGCCUUCUUACUUGUCUUUUUCAGUGGAUGUUGUUAAUGUUUGUGUCGGUUAUAUAUAAAUAUAUAUUUGUCAGUUCAGAUAUUUGAGUGUCAUUUUUAAUUUUAAUUUUUUUUUAAUUGGGUUGCUCGAACAUAGUGGAAACAAAAGAUCAGUCUUUUUUAAA